CAACUAUAAGUACUUCGUUGUUUCUUCCACAUUAAAAAAAAAAAAAUCUGAACAAUAUCACUGAAACCUAGGAUUUGUUUUCUUAGUUCCCAUAUCUUUGUACGUAAGAUAUUAUCGGGAGAGAUUUGUGGGUUCUUCCUGUUUUGGGCGAAAUGGCAUUGGGGAAGAGGAAAUUCGGUGCCCUGAAGUCGAACUCGGAUUCGAGGACUCGUGCUGUGGAUGAUGGAGAUUUAGGGUUAGGGUUAGGGUUAGAAUCUGUGCGAUACAGGAGGCGAUUGGAGAGGAAAAGGGUUCGGAUUUCCGGUGAAGAAGAAGUGUCGAUGUUUGGACAAAUCUCGUCGAAGAGGCUUUGCCACGAGACAUUAGUUUCCGACAAUGGAACUUCUCAACUUGAAUCUCUUCCUCCAGACAUUCUGGUUAGGGUUCUCUGCGGUGUCGAGCAUGAAGACCUGAAGCAAUUGUUUCAUGUGUCCAAAACAAUAAGAGAAGCUACCUUGGUAGCAAAACACUCGCAUUUCGCGUAUACAACACCGAAGAAAACGUUGGUUUUCCGCGGUGAACUCAAUCCAGAUGGACCGACUGAACGGGGGGAUGAGGUCGAAGCUCCCACGGCGCCAAAGGCGAGGAGGUACCGUAGAAAUUUGCGGAUAAAGGACAAGGAACUGUCCACAAUCUCUAUUCACUUGAAGUUUUAACAAAUUUUGGUUGGGGCAUUGCUAGCUGUUGUUGUUGGAACAUAGAAUGAAAGAUUAGGACACCAAGAAAGAAGAAGAAGAACAAGAACAUAGGAUUGCUGUUUUUUUUUAUGAUGGAAUAGGUUGUGUACAUUAGACCAAAAAAAAA